UUGGUUAUUUGGCGGCAGUGCAGUCAAGAUCCGUGCAUGGCAUGCAGCGGGAGGUGGGCAGCUUUCCCAUCGCGCCAUCAAUCAGAGCAAGAUUGGUUGCUGCGGGCUUCCAUACACUGCAGGAUGUGAUUCACCUGUCAGUCAGUGAAGUAGCUAGAGAAGCUGGCAUAUCUGAAGAAGCGGCACAGGAAGCACUGCAGAUUUUGAAAAGACUAGGUCAAGGCAAUGAUUCACAGAUACUAAAACAUACAGCUUUGGAGCUGCUUGAGCAGGAGCAAGCUCAAGGAUGUAUCAUCACAUUCUGCUCAGCUUUGGAUGAAAUCCUUGGGGGAGGAGUGUCUCUAGGAAAGAUCACUGAGAUUUGUGGGCCCCCUGGUGUGGGGAAGACACAGCUAUGUAUGCAGCUGGCAGUAGAUGUGCAGAUACCAGAGUGCUUUGGAGGCAGUGAUGGCGAAACUGUUUACAUUGAUACUGAGAGCAGCUUCAGAGUGGAAAGACUGGUGGAUAUUGCAAAUGCUUGUGUUGUGCACUGUAGUCUUAUUACUCAAGCCCACCAAGAAGAAGGUCACAGACUAGCUAUGCAAAGAUUUACCGUUAAUAACAUCCUUUCACAGAUUUAUUACUUUUGUUGUCAAGACUACAUUGAGCUACUAGCCCAUAUACAUACCCUGUCAGACUUCCUAGCACAGCAUUCAAAGGUAAAACUUGUAGUUAUUGACAGUCUUGCAUUUCCUUUUCGGCAUGACCUUGAAGACCUCUCUUUACGGACACGUUUGCUAAAUACUUUGGCUCAGCAGUUGAUCAGCCUUGCUACUCGUCGGACACUAGCAGUAAUUUUAACAAACCAGAUGACUACAAGGAUUGGACCCAGGGAGUCCUUUUUGGUACCCGCUUUAGGGGACAGUUGGGCACAUGCAGCAACUAGUCGUUUAACACUACAUUGGGAGGGUAUGCAAAGGUGUGCAACACUGUGCAAGUCACCAAGCCAGAAAAAAAGCACCGUGCAAUAUGACAUCACGUACCAAGGAUUCCGUGAUGUACAAGUUGCUCAGCCUGAGACGGACUCAGUAAAACUUGAAAUUAACCCACGGAAGCGCCCUAGAGAAGAUGAUACAGAAUAAGAUAAGGUUCCAUUUCGCUGACUGUCCAAAACACAUGGAUUCUUCAAAAAUAUAUGCCUAUAUUUUGUAAUCUAAUAAAUCUUUUGUAGUGUUUGUAUUUUGAAGGGUUCUUUCCUUUGGUGGUGAUCUAACAUGAUUAUUCAUUGUUAAUGAACUUGGUCACAUUAA